UCUGACACACCUGUACGGACUCACACCAGGCAACUCCAACUUGAUAGGAACAGAAUAAGGCCCUUUUCUGCACUAGCAUCACUGUGCCCCUGUGCGCAAAGAUUCACCAGCGAACUGGAGGCUAUCCCAGCUGACUUUGGGGGGUGGGGAGAACCCAUCAAUGAGCACGCUACCAUCGUUUGCAGCCCAGCAUGAUGUAAGAUCUUCAACUCCACCUACGUUCCACUUGCUGAUUGGCGUUACGCAGGUAUCCAGCUAUUAUUUAUUCCCCCCCGAAGCGUGGACGCCCCAUUUAUCCGGAGCAGCUCUCUCUCCACUCUGGACCUGAACACGCCGCUCAUCAUUUUCUCCACACACAACAGGUGUUGCUUAGAAAAUGAGAGGAGGUGUUUUACUGGUGUCUCUGCUUCUCAUCGUCAAACUUCCAUGUAGUCAGUCCAGAUGCGAGGAGCCGGAGUCAGGAAGGCUUACUCCACUUCAACGUCUGGGUUUAUACAACCCCAAACGAAACGUCUUGAAGCGGUAUAGCGAUUUGGAUUAUGACAGUUUUGUGGGUCUGAUGGGCAGAAGAGAUGCUGCCGAUGCAAAUACUGUGCAGCCCCCACAAAAAAGGGAAAUGCAUGACAUUUUUGUUGGAUUAAUGGGAAGGAGAAAUUCUGAACCUGAUAAAGGUCCAUGGAGGAGAGAGUACCCUGAGAAGAGAGGAAUUUUUGUGAACAAGUGUAGGCUGAGGUUUCUUCAAGGGAUGUGACAUAAAAGAAACAGAAACAGCAUCAACACAGUAAAGGAAGUGACUGACACAAACAUGAAUCACUGUUAAACCUGCAAAGUGGCCAAUGAAAGAACCUGACAUCUCAUGCAUUUAACUUUUUAAUAUUACUAUAUUCAUUUCCUCUAAAAUUCAAAAUAAACCUACUUUUAUACAUCAUUUAUUCCAUUUGUAUUUAUCGGCUGUGAUGAGGAACACAAUCUCACCAACUGCAAUAUUUGCUCACAUCAAAUAGCUGAACAAGACCUUAAUUUGGGUUCUCAUAUCCUGCCGUGUUUGUUUGAGGCUUAAAGGAAAACUGCACGUUUUUUGGAAUUUUGCUCAUCAUCCACAAUCUUUAUGUGAAACAUGGACACAUAUUUCUUUCCCUUUUCUGUGUAUUCUAAAAAGAGAAAACAAGUUAGCAUGAGCCACCUAACAUUUCACGUCAUGGGAGGCACUUAUUUCGACUACAAAGCCCGCUGAAAAAAACCUCUAACAACGUUUUGUCGUUUUAUAUACGUGCUGUGAUCAUGCAUUAACAGGUACAUCGAUGAUAAAAUGUAAUGCUUACAGUAUCUGGCUGUAUUUUGAUUACUUAAAACAUUACCAAAACUUCUUUUUUAGGCGCAUUGAUUUCACAUAGGAGCUAAUGCUGCUUCCGUCAACAACAGCGACGACACUUACAAUGUCGGCUCUCAUUGGGAUGGCUGUGUCUUCCAGCACAAGACUUGUGCUCCAGUCCUCAGAAAAAAAAUGCUGACAGCAAACGUGCAUCUAGCUGAGACUAGCGAGGCGUUGAUGAAUAUAGUUUUUUGUGUUAUGUAUAACAAUAACAAUAUAGCUUGGUUAAAAACAGGUCAGUUAUGUAAACGGAACACUGUUGGGCUUUAUUGUUGAAAUAGGUGCCUCCCAUUAUGUGCAAUGUUAGCUGGUUCAUGCUAAUGAAAAAUGUGUUCAUGUUUCACAUAAGGAUUGUGGAUGAUGGACAAAAUUCCAAAAAAAGUGCAGUUUUCCUUUAGGUGUUCUGAGACGGAAGUACAGGGUAUGUCAUGGACUGCCAACUGCUGCUGGCUUGGGAUUUUGAGGCACAUUAACUGGCCAGAGGUCCAUUUCAAGGUGUGUGACAUCAGACAUGGCACAUCAGUUUGUGGGGACAUUUUGUGACAGUGCAUUUGAUCACCAUCAUGAGCGAGCGUUCCAUUAGCAAUGAUGACGACAUGAAUAGACGUCCACCACCAUCAUUUAGUCAAUUGUGGGUCAGUGGUCACACUCUCUCUUACAACUUGAACCACACAAAGAUGUGAAAUGACUUGUGUAACUAAAAGGCAUGAAAUGAUGCUCAUGACUAAGUGGCCUAAAAUGAGGCAUGGAAUGCAAAAAAAAAAAAAAAAAAAGUGUAAUCCCACGCAAAUUGAGAACUAUUAAUCUGCCACUUAGUGUUAAGAUUUUUGACUUUGAGUUUUUGACUGAAAUGUUUUUGAUUAAAAUGUCAGUUAUGGUUAGGUCAAAUCAAGGCAUUGUCCAAAUGUUUAACCUAGUAUGACAUUUCUGGGUUGGUUACCAUUUUUGAAUAACAAGUUUCAAAAUUCAGCCCAGUUUCCCUGCGCUCAGCUCAAGUAGCUUCAGUAAUAUCUAUGUUGGAACAUUUACUCACACGUACAUAAAAGUGAUCAUACGAUGUGCAGUGUAGCUGCGGUCCUGUUUCCUGUAAACUGUGAGUUUGGUUCCUCUUUCCCCAUUUCUACAGCAGUUUAGUUGACAGGAAAGCUUCCAUUGAAAGCAUGACUUGGACUAAUUGAUCUCCAGCAGUCACUGCUGUGCAUCAGAAUUAGUUAGCAGGGGUUGAUAGCAUGAUCGGCCAUGCGCACUCAGGUGGUAGGUAUAGUACUUGAGGGUGUAUACAUCAGCUCAUCUAACACAUAAUGGAAUGAUCCAGCCAGGUCAAAGCAGCGCUGAAGACCCUGAGGAAAAAUAAUGCACAUAACUGAUUCUCACAAACAAAAAAAGUUAUAUUUGAUGACAUUUUUAAAGCAUAAUAUAGCAGACUAUAAGAGAAACUGGCUGAAACUGUUCAGAAAUCCCGUGAAUGCAGCUCAUGCGAAUAUGGAGAGAAUGAGGACAUGUUGUUCCAAGGAUGAACGGAGAUACGUGUUUGCGAGCUGGAGAUACGUGCACAAUGUUGGAAUUGCAUUGCUGUUGAUGUGUUCAAGUCAAAAUAAAGUUAUA